UUUUCUUUGCAAAAUGUCUACAUCACGCAUGGAAGAAGUAUGGGAUAUUAUCAUUGAUACAAGUGCGGCGGCUGACAGUGUGGAGACCAGUCAGGAACUCUACAGACAGUGGGCACCAGACUAUGACCAAGACAAUGUGGACGUUCAUUACAACGGUCCAAAAUUGAGUGCGCUGAAAAUAGCCCAACUGUUUGGAGAAAACAAAGAUGUUUUGAUACUGGACGCAGGGGCUGGAACUGGUCUGGUCGGGAAAGAGUUGCAGAAUCUUGGAUUCACAAACUUGGAGGCUCUAGACGGAAGUCAGGAGAUGUUAGAUGUAGCCAAUCAGAAAGGGAUUUACAAGAGGAGUAUGUGCAGUUUGUUAGGGCCGAUCCGAUUGGACAUCGAUUCAGGUUAUUAUGACUGCGUGGUGUGCAUUGGCAGUGUGGCGGCUAACCACGCAAAUGCCGGUUGCCUUCCAGAACUGAUUCGGAUCACAAAGUCAGGUGGGUAUGUUUUCAUAGCGACCAGGGAGGACAAUGUUCCAAACUCCGGGUAUGACGGCAAGAGCUGGGACGACUGGUUGAAGAUCCACGAAGACAAUGGGCUAUGGAAGAAAGUAGAGAUUAGAAGGGUCGAAGAUUGGAUCGCCGAUGUUCAUGGGGGCAUGAUGUACAUGUACCAGGUUAUGUAA